AUGCCUCUGGACGGAGUCAAGAACAUUGUGCUGGUUCUAUCCGGCAAAGGAGGCGUUGGAAAAUCCUCCGUAACCCUCCAACUCGCCCUCGCACUCUCCCUCCAAGGCAAAUCCGUCGGCAUCCUCGACAUCGACCUAACAGGCCCCUCAAUCCCAAGACUCGUCGGUCUAGAAGACGCCAAAAUCACCCAAUCGCCUAGCGGAUGGCUCCCCGUUCCAGUUCACGAUGCCAUCCCCACACAAACAGACACCCCAUCAUCCUCGUCCCCUUCACCCCGCGGCUCCCUCCGCUGCAUGUCCCUCGGCUUCCUCCUACGAGACCGCGGCGACGCAGUCAUCUGGCGCGGGCCGAAAAAGACAGCCAUGAUCCGCCAGUUCUUGUCAGACGUAUCGUGGGACUCAACGGAUUACCUCCUCAUCGAUACCCCGCCGGGUACGAGUGACGAGCACAUCGCGCUGGCAGAGCAACUCCUCACUCUAUCUACGACGGACGCUGUCGCCGCAGCGCAGUCGAAUCUGCCUCGUUUGACCGGCGCGGUACUAGUUACCACCCCGCAGGCCGUUGCUACAUCGGAUGUGCGCAAGGAGGCCAAUUUCUGCGUCAAGACUAGUAUCCCUAUUCUCGGGGUUGUUGAGAAUAUGUCUGGAUAUGCUUGUCCGUGCUGUGGCGAGGUGAGCAAUUUGUUCUCCAGUGGUGGCGGAGAAGUCAUGGCGCAGCAAUUGAGUAUUCCGUUCUUGGGUCGUGUGCCCGUUGAUGUGAAAUUCGGGGAGCUGGUGGAAGGGAAGGUGGAGGCUGGGAGUGAUGAUGAAGAUGAGGAUGAGGAGAUGGAGGCAAAGGAUGAGGCCCCGGAGGAGCCUGAUACGAGGCCUCUGGUUGAGAGAUACCAGGAGGGCUGGUCGUAUCCUCGAUUCGAGGAGUUUGCGCGGACGAUAAUUGGAGGCGUGCGGGCCACGGCUGGGGCUUCCUAG